CUCCUGCUCCUCCUGGUGCCGCUCCCCCGCUCCGCCAUGUGGGGCCGGCGGCGGGCCCGGCGCGGCGGGCACAGCGCGGAGGAGCUGCGGGUGCGGCGGCGGGAGCGAGAGGCAGCUCUGAGGAAGGCCCGGCGGCAGGAGCAGCUGGUCAGCAAGCGGCUGCUGCGGGAGGACAGCGCGGCCGAGGAGGGGGCACAGCACGGAGCAGACGUCGUGCCAGACCCACUCCCAGAGGAUGAGGUUCUGGAGCUGCUCAGGGGUGUGCAGAGGGGUUCUGAGGACAGGAAGCGAUGGCUCGGCCGCCUCCGCUGGGCUCUGCAGAACGAGGAGACUCAGCAGAAGUUUGUCAGGCUGGACGGCAGCAUCCGGACGCUCACCGGGCUCUUCACCAGCAGCCUGGCUGACCUGCAGCUGGAGGCUGCCCGCUGUCUGCACGAGCUGUCCCACUCCAGUGUCCCUGCCGUGGCCGAGGCGUGCCUGCCUGUCACCUCCUACCUGCUCACCUACCUGUCGGGACACAGCCUGGAGCUCACGGAGCUGUGUUUGUACACACUGGGGAACCUUGUAGUAGAAAGUGAGGCUGUGAGGAAGCAACUGCUGCCUCAGGGCAUUAUUCCAGUGCUGGCAUCCUGCAUCCAGUCCCCUCACGAGGCAGUGCUGGAAGGUGUGGGCUAUGUCCUCUCACAGCUCCUCCAAGCCAAGGAAGCACCCAGAGAGAUCAUCCCGCUGGUCCUGGAUUCUGCUCUCCCCCAGCACAUGCUCCAGCUGGUCUGCUCUGGCCUCAAGGCUGGCAUGGGAGCAGCUGUGGAGUUUGCCUGGUGUCUCCACUACAUCAUUUGUGGGCACAAGGACAACGUGCAGCUGCUGGCGCUGGGGGCCGUGCCCGCGCUCACCUCGCUCCUGCUCGACCUGGCUUCCCAACUCCCCCAGGACGCUCCCGAGGGCCUGGAGCUGCUCGUGUGCCCCGUGCUGCGCUGUCUCGGUAACCUGCUGGCACAGGCAGGCUGCCAGCGCCCGGACGCGCGCCUGCUCGUCGCCCUCUUCCUCAUCCUGCAGUGCUUCCUGCAGCAGCACCCCUUCCUGGUGCAGGAGUGCCUGUGGCUGCUCAACAACCUCACGGCGGAUGAUCCCUUCCUCUGCUCCGCUCUGCUGUCCCUGGAGCUGCUGCCGGCCCUGCUGCAGCUGCUGACGUGGUCCCAGAUGGGCACUGUGCUGGUCCUGACUGUGCUGUGCAACAUGGCAGAGAAGGGACAGUUGCAGUGCCAGGGGCUGCUCCAGCAGCCCCUCCUGGCCCAGCUCCUGCCCCUGCUCACCCUGCCCGACCCCGAGGCCGUGGGGCAGUGCCUGGAGCUGCUGCACCUCCUCUUCCUGCACUGCCCAGAGGCUGCUGCUGAUUUCACCAGGCAAGGCGGGCACCAGGCCCUGGAGCAGCACCAGAGCACCCCAGAGCUGCAGGAGCGGGCACAGGCUCUGCUGGACAUGGUCAGGCAGCCCCCAGGAGCCCCCAGUGCCUGCCAGGCCACACUGGCUGCCUCCUCCUCGGCCCUGCCCUGAACUGCCAGGGAGGAAUGAACUGUUCACCCCAUGCCCAGCUCCCGAGGGCUGCUCAGGGCUCUGAUGUGCCCGGUGCUGGCUGCAUGGGGGGCUGGUCCUUGUCACCAGCUGGCAGCCACCAGCCCAGUGCCCCCCAGAGCCCGGAGCAGGGGCAGAGCUGAGCUGCAGAUUCUCCUGUCCAGGGAGGGCUGAACGGCUGCAUCAGCCAUCCCUUGGGCUCUCAGCCACCACCACGCUCAAGGUAAGCACAUUGUGUUUAUGAACUGAUAAAUUAAAGAUACAUCUUUGCCAUUAGAGAUAAUCAGUCGAGUCUCCAGUACGAGUGUGCUUCCUGCCUGUCAUGCACGGCCUUUCACAACGCUCUCCAGGGCCUUGCCCA